AUGGCUUUUCAGUUUUAUAUAAAAACUAUUGAUAAUUAUUCAAUACAGACUUUUUCAAAUAUUCCAAUUGAAAAUUUAGAAAAAUUCAUUCCUGAAUGUCCAAAAUAUAUUCGGAAUCCAAUUGGACGUAGAAACAUCACCAUAGAAGCACCAACAUGGUCUGAUUUAGUACGAUUAUAUACUUUGUCAACUGAUAUAACAUUUUCGAAAACUUCGGUUCGUAAAACGUUUUUUAAAUUAAUAAAGCUUAAUAAUAUGUCAAAAAGGGAUGUCGGACUUUGGGGUCCGACUGACUGUAAACCAGAUGAAAAAUUGGCUAUCAUUGUUCCUUAUCGAAAUCGAGAUGUACAUUCACGUCUGUUUGUAAAACAUAUGCAUGAAUUUUUGAGAAGACAAAAAUUAAUGUUUACGAUAUUUGUGAUCAACCAAGAAGGCGCAUCUACGUUUAAUCGCGCAUUACUACUGAAUGUCGGAUUCAUUGAAUCCCAUCGAGUUGCAUAUUUCGAUUGUUUCAUAUUUCACGAUGUGGAUUUAUUGCCGGAAGAUGAUAGAAAUAUAUAUCGAUGUUCUGAACAACCAAGACAUUUAAGUGUUUCAAUAGAUCGGUAUAAUUAUCAACUGAUUUAUCCGGAAAAUUUUGGAGGUGUAAUUGCCAUCAGUCGUCAACAAUUCGAGAAAGUUGGUGGUUUUUCAAAUGUUUACUUUGGAUGGGGAGGAGAAGAUGAUGAUUUUUAUAAGUGAAUCAUCUAUCACAACUACAGUAUUGUGCGCUAUCCAGAGGAAAUCGCUCGUUACAUUAUGCUAAGGCAUGAAAGGGAUUCACUAAAUGAACCUAAUCAAAGGCGCUUUGAUUUACUGGAAAGUGCUGAAUCUCGUUUUAACAUAGAUGGUUAUUGGACUUCUAAUUACACAAUUAUAAAAGCACACUCAUUAUAUAAUGGUCUCAUUUAUUGGAUAUCUGUUGCUGUUUAAACUUAUUAUUAUGUUAAAAAGAGAGAUAUUUCAAAUAUAUGUUCAUAUAUAUAUUCACUGGCCGUUGAGAGAGUCACGUUUCAAAUACAUUAACAAUAAUUUCUCCUUCAAUAAAAACUUUGACCACCAUAAAUGUCUACAGUAUUGAUUCAUUUCAUCUUAGUUGUGCAUAAAUGAAGACAAAUUAUCAAUUAAUUUCAACAAUAGUAAUCAUAUUAAAUUCAAAGAUUCAGUUGUAACUUAACAGUUUGAU